UCAUCAAAUGCUAUAACAUACAGAAUGCAGCGAAUCACCUGUCAUGAGCUUGCAGAAUAGAAAUACAAAAAUGACCAGUUAUAAAGUUCAAAUAAAUGCACUUCAUGUUAUGCAUGUAAAGGCUUUUAAAUAAGAGCAUGCAUAAACGUGCUGGUGCAGUUGCACAAGAACCACGUGAGAAUGAGGGACUGUUACAAAAGCACUAACACCAGCAACCUUCACUGGAGCACGACAGUGUCGCAUUGUGUAAUUAUUUAUCAGAAACUAUGAUGAUAAUGUCAUAGGCGUUUAGAAUGAAUACGGGACGAUGCAUUUCGCCGACUUCCUUGCAGGAUCAUUUGGAGGAGCGUGUGGUGUGGCGGUCGGUUAUCCACUGGAUACUGUCAAAGUCAGAAUCCAAACUCAGAAACAGUUCACUGGAAUCUGGCACUGCAUCGUAACCACCGUUAAAAGAGAAGGGGCCCAUGGCUUCUUUAAGGGAAUGGCUUUGCCGAUCACCACUAUAUCCAUGACGUCCUCUGUGGUGUUCGGCACUUACCGGAACUGUCUGCAGUGUUUGGCUCGGUUCCGCGGGAUCAGUGCUGCCAACACGAAGCUCGAUGUGUUCCUGUCAGGCCUGGUGGCAGGAGUGGCACAGAUCUCUGUAAUGUCACCUGGCGACAUUGUGAAGGUUCGUCUUCAGUGUCAGACCGAGAGCGAGAGGAGUGGACUCAAACCCAAAUACAGUGGGCCGAUCCACUGCCUGUUGAGCAUCGCCAGAGACGAGGGAGCUUCAGGCCUUUACAGAGGAGCUCUUCCUCUGGCCUUCAGGGAUGGGCCGUCAUUCGCCACCUACUUCCUGACCUACAGCACACUGUGUUCACAACUCACACCGGCAGGACAGAAAGAGCCAGAGUGGACGGUGGUGCUGUUGGCCGGUGGAUUGGCAGGAACGGCCGGCUGGUCUGUCGGGACACCCAUGGAUGUGAUCAAAGCCCGUCUGCAGAUGGAUGGCGUCCGAGGAGAGAGGAGAUACCGAGGAUUCGUUCACUGCGUGACUGAGACCGUACGGAACGAAGGGCUGGGGAUUUUCUUCAGAAGCCUGGGAAUAAACUGCCUGCGGGCGUUUCCUGUCAACAUGGUGGUUUUUGCCGUGUACGAGGUGUCGGUCCGAAUUCUCAGGUCAGCGUCUGUGGAUCGGCUCUCAUGAUGAGAAACCAUCUAAUGAUCGCACCAUUAAUGUAUGUGAUUCAGAUGAUUGUGCUUUUGUAUUGGAAAUGUGUAUUUAAUUUGCCUGGUUAAUACAUUUCUCAUAGAACCUC